CGCCGACUUCAACUUUAGCCGCAACGCGCGUACCAGUGCGUGAUCGAGAUGAGCCGCCCGCGUGGGUCGGGCGCGCGCCUUGUAGACCGAUCGAGAUUCAAUCAAAAUGUGAUGAGAUCGAGAUUUUGGUUCUGGGAGGGCAUAUGCAGGCCUGCAUGGUUUUCCCCCUCUUGCCCGCCCGCCUGUACACACCCAACACCGGCAUAUCCUGCCGCAUCGACCAUCGAUCCAGCCACCUCAUCCCCUGUUGCAGCGUUGCAGCAGCCAGGCAACCGACCGACAAGGACGACACUUCCUCCGCUUCUCUUUUCCCUCAUCACCUUCUUCUGGUCCAUUUUCCUCCGUGCACACACUGGCUCACAGUCCCGUAGUCGGCCCACACCGCCCCGAGCAAGAAGAGAAGUGGCCGUCCCCUUGUGAUCCCCUUUCGUUCCUCAGCACGAGUCUCACAGCUUCUGAAGCACAUCCAACCAACGUUCUUUGUCUUCAAAUACUCCCCCUUUCCGACAUGGGCUUUGGCAAGGAAGCUCGCAUCAUCACCUUGUUGGUGAUCGAUGUCGUCUUCUUCCUCGUGGAAAUUAUCGUGGGCUAUUCGGUAGGGUCGUUGGCUCUGGUCGCCGAUUCCUUCCACAUGCUCAACGAUGUGAUGAGUUUGGUUGUCGCCUUGUACGCCCUGAGAGUGAGUAUCUAGGCCCGCUGC